AUGAUACCGCCGCCGGACUCGCUGCUGCGCUAUGACACGCCCGUGCUCGUCACCCGCCGCACCGAGAAGCGCUCCCCGAAAGUGAGCAGGGCCCCGCAAACCGCGGCGCCGACGGCCGGAAGCCAGGCGCCGCCCGCACCGACCGGACCCGUCCCGCCAAUCGCCUCCGAAUCCCCGAAGCAGGCGCAGGAGCUCCUCAACGCCAUCCUGCCGCCGCGGGAAUGGGAGGAGGAGAACCACCGGUGGGUGCAGGAGGUGUCCAGCGCGCCCGGCACCCGCCUGGACGUCGUCCAGCUCCAGGAGCAGCUGGACCUGCGGCUGCAGCAGCGGCAGGCGCGGGAGACUGGGAUCUGCUCGGUGCGCCGGGAGCUCUACUCGCAGUGCUUCGAUGAACUGAUCCGGCAGACCACCAUCGCAUGUGCCGAGCGUGGGCUGCUGCUGCUGCGCGUCAGGGACGAGCUGCAGAUGACGCUGGCUGCCUACCAGGCGCUGUACGAGAGCAGUACAGCCUUUGGCCUGCGCAAGGCGCUGCAGGCUGAGCAAGGCAAGGCUGACAUGGAGAAAAGGAUUGCAGAGCUAGAAGAGGAAAAACAGGAGCUGGAGAGACAAGUGAGUGAGCAGAAAGCUCUCUGUGCAGCUACUGAAAGACGGGAAAACGAAAAGCGGCAGAUAGAGGAAAAGAAACACUCUGAGGAGGUUCAAGUCCUGAAAAAAAUGAAUCAACAGCUGAAGGCCCAACUUGAAAGCAUCGUUGCAGCAAAUAAGUAG